GCAAAGGAUGACGUACACACGUUCCCUGUCACGUGACUGCCGUUGCCUCUAAAACACCAGAGGAAACGUCAUUUGACGUCAUAAUCUGUGAGUGAUGUAAUAGAAACCAUGAUAUAUAACUCCUGACCGAGCCAGAGCAGCUUCAGUUGAAGGAGACACUCGAAGAGACGACUCGGUCCAAACGGAUGAGUUCUCAGAGCGACCUCAAACUAGUGGAAAGAUCCGCAAACCUGAAGGAAGAACAUCGAUUUGUGCUGGAUUCAAAGUGUGAUCAAGACAUGGAGAAGACAGCCGCCCAAAAACUCCUGAGCACAAUCUCCUGUGAGCUGCAGACUCUACAGCAGCAGACUGCAGCUCUGAAGAGAGAGUAUAAGGAGGUGAAAACAACAACUCUGAAAGUGGAUCAAAUGAGACAAAACUAUCCUAAGAUAGUGAAAGAAAUCUACCGUUUAAAAGAACUCAAGCAGGACUUAGAAACGGAGAUCUCAGCCCUCCAAAGCAGAUCAGGAAAGGCUGACGGGAUGAAGAUCCUGUACAAAGAACAAAUGUCCCAGCUGAAUCUACUGACCAAAGAAGCAGAGAGCCUUCUGCAAACAAGGAACGCUUUAAAAGAUUCACUUCAGCAUCUCAAAGGUCUGAAAUCUGAAUCGGACCAGAUCCAAGCAGAAAAACAGAGAAUCGAGGAAAGAAAUUCCAACCUUUCCAUGGAAGUCACCAGUCUGCAGGAGCAAAUCAAGGACUUUGGUGACCUCCAGAAGAAACUUUGUUCUGUGAAAGAGGAAACUUCAGUAACAGACGAAGACACCGCCUUCUAUGAGAAGAAAAUCCAUGAUUUAAAGUCUGAGCUCUAUGACUUAUACCAGCAAAAUGAAGUUCUGGAGCAGGAGACUCAAACACUGAAAAACAAACAGAAAAGAAACAAGGAAAUUAGGAAACAGUACGACAACAUGUUGAGGGAGAAGGCCCACGAUGAGAAGCUCCAGAAAAUCUUUAAAGCUCAGAUCUCAGAUCUGAGAGUCCAGAAAGACGAUACGAUACAGCUUCUCAAUCAGUACGAACAAGAGAAGAUAGAGGGAGCUCUACUGAAAGAUCAAACCAGGAAGCUCCAAGAAACAAAGACGGCUUUGAUUGAAUCACUUCAAAAUCAGAGAAAUCUCAAAAGUGACUUCAGCAACAUCAAAGCAGAAAACCAGAAGUCCAAGAAAAUCAAGGCAGAUCUCUCCCUGGAAGUGAAACAGUUGCAGGAGGAAAUCCAAGGCCUCAAUGACCUCCAGGAGAAACGUUGCACUAAGAAGGAGGAAAGCUUGAGAGCAGAAGAAGACCCCAAAACCAAUGCAGAUCUCCCCCUGGAAGUGAAACAGCUGCAGGAGGAAACCAGCAGCGGCUUUGACGAAGUGCAGGAUGAACCGUGUCCUCCAAAGAAAGGACCGAUCAUUCUGCCUUCACUGUCUGAAAAGGUCAACCGUCAGAAACCAGCUUGGCUGAAGGUAUCUCAGAAGGUCCAGGACACUCGCAGAGAUCAGCUGGACCAAGAAGAAGACGACCUUUUCUCUUUCUGUUCUCCAACAAAGAAGAACCUCAACAGACGUUCCAGACUCACUAAGAUUGAACCCAAGAAAGAAACAGGGACCAAUGGAGGUAUCGGGACUUCUGAAAAUUCCACUUCUUUGUCAAAGGAAAAAGAGGACACCCGGGUCGAACAUGAGGACAAUUCAGACGACGAAAUAAAGUCGGAACCAAAAGAAAGAAAGGAAUCCUCUGAAAGUUCCGACGCUAUUGCAGACUCGUCUCAUUCUUCUUUUGUAAAUGAUUACGGGAACGACAGCUUUGAUGAAUACACGGACGGUUCAGACGACGAAAUAAAGUCUGAACCAAAAGAAAGAAAGGAAUCCUCCAAAAGUCCUAACAAUUCUGCAGACUCGUGUUUUUCUUUCUCUGAAGUGAACGAGAACAAUAGCUUUGAUGAAGACACGGACAAUGAAGAACAUUCUGAACNCUCCAACAAAGAAGAACCUCAACAGACGUCCCAGACUCACUAA